AUGAUUGAGAAAAGCAUGUUAAAAACGUUUAUCGUUGCAGGAGUAAUCCAGCGCUCGAGCUUCUCCCAACUUGAUCAACUUAGUGAUGCCCGGCGUCAAGCUGGUCGUCACACAAGUCUAGUUAACUUGCUGCCGUUGCAACCUGAGUCUGCUGUGAUUGAGAAACGAAGCGCGCCGCCAUAUCCAGAAGAACGGGUAGGACAAAAGCUUAUUGUGAAAGUUGCUAAGCUUACUCUCGAUCCAUACUUCGAACCGGUUUUCGGCUCAAUAGCGAUUUAUGAUGCCAAGGCACGACGGAAAGUUAGUGAAAAUUUCUACUUUGAUGUCAAUCCGGAUGAGGUGCGGCGUCUACUCGAUAGGAAACGUGCUCAAGAGGAACCGUCGCAGAGAUGCAGCCAAGCAGCAUUUAAUCUGUCCUGUCCUCUUAGCGACUUGUUCAUGGUUGUGAAGCUUGAAAAAGUUUUACAAGCUUGCGAAAUAGGGGAUGCAUCAGAGCCUUAUGUAGGUUGUGCGGCCAAAGAUGAUCGGACUAGAGAAAAGCUCACGGCUGCGGCCGCUGAUUAUUGUGAACGUCUAGGAAGCGAAGACUCAGUCACGCCUGAUGCAUCUUCAUUGGGAAAAUCUAUGGAGCUUAAUUUGGCUAAUCUGCAGCCGGUUACUCUCAAUCUGAAUUCCUUCUACAAGCAGGAGGCUGACCGUUUGAGCGACGAUGAUCUGUUCAAACUCUUGGCUGAUGCUAGGAAACCCGGUGGGAAGCUUGGCAGGUUGAAGACUUUCGCAGCCGAGCUGUCGCUACAGCUUUCAGGAGGUACUGGAGAAGAGCUAUUAAUGCGGCUGAGCCCGGAAAUGUUGCGUGUGGCCCCGUUUUCUGGUGGCGAGCUGACCAAGGACAUACAGGAGUUCCCUGCCAAAGGCCUCUACAUGGCUAAUACGAGUUAUCGGAACCUCCUGUACAUCUACCCGAAGUCGGCAAACCUCAGUAAUCGGCCAGGCACAGCACGAAACAUUUCCAUCAAGGUAGAGCUUAUGAACGGUCAGGAGCACGCACUGCCUCUCAUGUUUUCUCGCGGCCCAGGAUGUGAAAUGGUAUCUCAGAUAAGGACUGCUGUAGUAUAUCAUAAUAAGACCCCGCAUAUUGCUGAUGAAAUCAAGCUUCGUAUCCCUGUAGAUCUGGAUGAUGGUCAUCAUCUAUUAUUUAGUUUUUAUCAUAUAUCCUGUAAACCGAACAACAAGGAUGAAGAAGUGGAAUAUCCUAUAGGAUAUAGUUGGCUACCUCUUUUUCGUGAUGGUCGGUUAUCAACCGGUGAUUUCCAUUUGCCCAUUUGCCUCGAUCGUCUUCCAUCUAGCUACGGUUACCUCUCACCGGAUGUUGCCCUACCGAAUGUGCGGUGGCUUGAUGCGCACAAACCGACGUUUAACCUUUCUGUUGUAGCCAUCAGCACUGUGCAUCCGCAGGAUGAGCAUCUGGAGAAGUUUUUCAUUGGCGUGAACUCAUUGAGCUCUACUGAUAGGAAGAAACCGCCAGUUAGCGAGAGUGCUUUGAUAACAGCUGCACAGGUAAAAGUGGUUACCAUCAAAUGCGUAUUCUAAGU